GGGCCGGGGCAUCCUUAAACUCGCGUCUCCUCCCUCCGCGUCGUCCCCCACCCCAGAGAGCAGUAAGCCCCUGCCCUACCUCCCCGACGCGCGCGCCCCCCAUGGCGAGGCGGCGCUGCUGAUGCCGCGCGGCGUCGGAUCGGGCGCGGCGGCCACGAACCCUAGCCGCGUGCGGAGGCGCUCGCCGAUCCCCCGACGCCCAAUCCGCCGGCGCGGAUCCUCCCCCGCGAGAUUCGGGGCUCGUCUCGUCUCGUGCUGCCUCUAGGUGAGGUUCUAGCCCUCUGGGUGCGUUGAGGGGAUCUGCAUCCGUUUGCGUGUCUUCGCAACCGCACAGCCCAUACUCGAGCAGCUACCCACUCGACUGGCCAGGUGCCCAGCCCCCUGAAGACGGAGCGGCGGUUCAGUGACCACCGCCGUGCAGCAAGGGAACACCCGAGUUCACCCGGCGGCUAGGUGCAAGGAUAGGCAUGCUUGAACAAUACAUCGGCGGAUCGAUUGAGCUGUAUUUUAGUCUUCUGGUUGUGGAUUGAAGUAGAGGUGAAGAAGUUUGACAGUUGGUAUCUUUUCAAGAAUACAUUGAAGUGCAAGAUGCCAAAAAUAAAGAAUCUCUCCAAUGCGUGUAAAGUAUCAUUUUCUCCAGACGGGCCUAUAUCUGAAGAGGCACUUGAGAGAGUCCGUGCACUGUUAGAUGAGAUAAGGCCUUUAGAUGUUGGCCUAGAUAAUGAAGCACAAAUUGCACGCAAUUGGAAUAGUUCUACACGUCCAUCCAAUGGGAGACGGGGACGUAAUGGGGCGAACCAGUUCACUGCUCCAAUCAAAUAUUUGCACAUUCACGAAUGUGAAAGUUUCUCUAUGGGUAUAUUUUGUAUGCCACCUUCUUCAGUUAUUCCACUUCAUAAUCAUCCUGGAAUGACUGUACUUAGCAAGCUUCUUUAUGGAAGACUACAUGCUGAAUCCUAUGAUUGGAUUAACGUACCUGAUCAUCCAAGUGAUCAAUUACAAGCAAGACCAGCAAAGCUUGUCAGGGAUUGUGAAAUGACUGCACCAGAGACGACCAUUCUUUACCCUAAUAGAGGUGGUAACAUCCACACUUUCAGAGCCAUCACACCUUGUGCUCUCUUCGACGUCCUUUCUCCACCAUACUCUGCUGAGGACGGACGGCAUUGUUCUUACUUCCGAAAGUCUCUAGUGAAUCAACAACCUGUUGUUUUGCCUACUGAGAUAGAUAGCUCACAAGUAGUCUGGUUGGAGGAGUUGGAGGACCAUCAGCCCCCAGAAGGCUUUGUGGUCGCGAGAGGUCUGUAUAAAGGCCCUGUAAUAAGGAGAUGAUUUGGUUGGAGCAUCGUAUCCAGCGAACUAUGAAUCACCUGAAAGAGGAUGCAGGCUUCUAGUAUCCAUUGCAUGUGAGUUCUAGUAUGGCAAGCACCAAAUGGUCAUUGUGCAGUCCAUGGUUUACUUUGUACAUGACAAAGUGAUCUGUGAUAAUUUAACAGCAACUUUACAGAACAAGAAUGGAUGUUUAUGAUUUGAUCAGAACUUUAAUUAUGUGCCGCACCGCUGUAGUAUCUCUGACCUAGAUAUGGAGCUGUUAUCAGAUCAAGACCGUGGCGUACAUACUUUUGAGCUUAGUCUAGCAUAUCAGUUGUCAUGCUGUACUAAGGAUAUCCAUGGAACAUGCUUUUUCACUUGAUGGCGUGGGGGCCCCAUUUUGUCUCCCGGCGUGUAAUAGCAUUAUUAGUAGUUUCUGGGAUCUUGUCUAUACAGUUUGGAAAAAAAAAAAGUCGCAUGGCUGUCCUUUAUCA